UGUACCACUUCACAAUUGUCGUCAUUGCUAUCAACGAAGUGAAUUUAAACUGCAAAAUGAGGGAGACAUACUUUCAUAUCGGUUUGAAAAUGAAUUUUAAAACUGUCUGCUUCUUUUUUACAUAUUUGACGAGCGUCUGUUCUCAGUUUUUGUAUGAAACUAAUUACCAGCAGCACAACAUUUUGAAUAGAAGAAGCAGGGACGUUGUAUUUCUCUCGGUACUUGAUAAAACAGAAAAUCUUUUAAAAGAGACAAUGUAUAAAAUGCAAAGGAAUGAACAGCGUGCAGUUGCUUACGAGGUCUUGCUAAAGAUGUAUAGCACAGGACAAUUUCUAAAUGAUAGGACAAUAGAUGAAAUAUGUACUCGAUACCCAGACUUGAUAAUCAGAAGUCCAGAGGAUUGUCACAGAUAUUACAACUGUUCUGGAGAGGAUCCUGCAUUUACCGGCAUGUACAAUAAUUGGCCCUCUCAGUAUAAAUACGAGUGUCAUUAUCCUUUGAUGUUUUCUGACGAAACUCUUCAGUGUGAACAUUAUACUAAAACAAAUUGCGGAACUAGAUAUUCACCAACAUGGGAAUGUCGAUACUAUAGGCUACAAUGUAAAAGCUCGCGUUGCUAUCCCUGUGAAUUAGAGUAUCCAAAAUGCGAGGACAAAGAAGACGGUUUAUGGCCACAACCUGAAAAAAGAUUUUCCCCAUAUUAUAUGAUUUGUAAGGACAACAGAACUAUAGAAACAGGACGAUGUCCAUCCGACAAAGUAUGGGGGCCAACAGCCUUUCCUUAUAAAGGACAAUGUGUAGGUAUUUUUGCUGUCCCAAAAGAGUAUAAUCCAUACGGUUUACUUCCAUCAUGCAACGGAGAAACGAACGGAAAUUACCAAUAUAAAGAGCGAUGCGAUGCAUAUUAUAAAUGCGACAAUGGAAUAGCUUUCGCAGUGAAAUGUCCUAAUGGCACCUUGUUUGAUUCUGCCAAUAAAACAUGUGCAGUUGGAGGAGUAUGCAUCUAUUGAUGAACAAGGAAUACUUUGGGAGUGGCUAAUUAAGGGACGGAUUGGCGUGGACAUUAUGAUG